CCGAUUUGGUCGACUUUUGGAUUGAGAAGAGAUUAAGGACGUUUGGAUUGAGUGACCCUACCUACGAUUGAACCAAAAAAAAAAAAAAGAAAACGGUAUUAACGCAAAGUGAAAACCUAUCUUGACUAGACUAGAAGGUGCGUCGCGUUUCGAGGUAAUCGACGAUUCAGAUAUAAGUACCGAACGCUCAGGCUACGUUGCCACAAGUAGGGCUGGGGUGAGCGCUGCCAGGUGGAAACGCCAACUUUUCACCCGAACUCUACCUUGAAUAAUUGCUGGGUAGAGUCAAAAACGCGAUCAGUGGGAACAAGAGUCGAGUGGGUUACUUCAGCACUGCCAACGAGAUCGAACUUCGCUCUAUCCUCAUCCGAGCCGUAAAUCCGGUGGAAACAGACGAGCCAGCCCGAAUCUGACACGAUUUGUGACCUCGGUGGAAAGUAGUCUAUGAUACAGGAUCCAUUCAUCGGUACAGCUUCUUUCGGCAGAGAGCUUUCGGAACGCGACAUACGCAGGUUUUUACGUGACUAUAAAGACAGACGCAAUUUGUUGCAUCGUGAUUCGACCUCUGGACGAAACAACGUUGAAAAAUUGGGCGUCUCAAUACAAUAUUACGCACAACUUAUUACAAUAUCAUUAACUCGAUGAAACUGUAAAUUCGCAGCCAAUUACAAGAUGACCGAAUAUUUAGAUUUCCCUAAGAUCAACUUUAUCAGGGAACUUAUACGUGACACUUUGGUUUCGAAGUUUAGGAUGCUCAAAACUGAAAAUGAGCGUUUUGAAGUUGCUUUGAGAACAGUGAUUGAGCAUCACAUCACUGUCUUAGACACUACAUGUCAGCAAAAAAAUUUGGACCACUCGAUAACAUUACGCAACAAUGGAAACGAGAGCUUUUUAAGUCGUCAAUAUUAUACAGCUGUGAAACAAUACACUGAAAGCAUUGUCUGCGCGCCGGAAUCUUCUGAAGAAUUAGCUAUAGCAUAUGCUAAUCGAUCUGCAGCUUUGUUCCGAUUGGGAAAAUUUACUGAUUGUGUAGAAGAUAUUGACAGAGCCUUAAAGCUAAAAUAUCCAGACAGAUUGAAAAUAAAAUUAUAUAAACGAAAGAAAUUGUCUUUAGUGGCACUGGGUAGAUCUGGCAGAGAUACAUCAUUUCAGGAGACUGUCAACUCAAUUGAAAAAAUGGAUCUGCAAAAAGAUGAAAAAGAUGAACCUAAAAACAAGCUGCUGCAGUUGAGCUCAGUUCGAUUGAUUUCAAAAUCACCUGCAUAUGCACUACAACAUCUCCCACCCACAAUACUCGCCUCAAAUCCAACUAUUCCUUCUGCCUCUGAUGGAGUAACAAUUAAGUAUUCAAAGAAAUUCGGAAGACACCUCGUUGCUACACGCAAAAUUAAACCGGGAGAGGUACUCAUUCUCGAAAAACCAUACUGUUCCAGACUAAAUCUGAAAAAUGUUUAUACACACUGCUCAUAUUGUUUGCAAGUUUCAUGGACUAUGAUCCCGUGUCAAUAUUGCAUCAACGUGGCAUAUUGUUCAAAAAAAUGUAAAAAUAAAGCUUGGGAUGAUUAUCAUGAGGUGGAAUGCUCCGUUGUGGGACUGUUGCUAGGUCACGGAUUCAAUAACAUACUUUGGCUAAGCCUGAGGAUGGCUAUAACAGCAACAGAAAAGGGAACUAAACUCGAUGCAUUGAAACAGGAACUGAAAACCAUUGAUGAUAGUACAGAUCCAUGUACUAAAGGAUAUGCGGACGAUGGGAAGUUCUAUAGUGACAAAUACCGCAGCAUCUACAGUCUAACAGAUAACAUUGAUAAAUGCUCUGCGGUAAAUUUGAUAGUUAGACCUUUGUGGACAGCGAUAACAGUCUGCACGCUUGCAACUGAAAGUCGAAUGUUUGGAAAAAAGCUUUCAUUGCAUACAUUGGCAAAAAAUCAAGAUGUUAUAUUUGUCGGAAAGCUGAUUUUGAAGAAUAUACAUACUUUAUUCAGCAAUAGACAGAGCUUUGGACCAUCGCAUGAUCCGGAGGGUCAGAGUCUUGGGGAUGCAGUUAUGGCUGUUUCUAAUCUUAUGAAUCAUUCCUGUGAUGCUAACACGAUAAAGCAAUGGUAUGCAGACUGCAUGGCUGUAUAUGCUGUCUAUCCAAUUGAGCAGGGCGAACAGGUAUUUGACAACUAUGGCCCACGCUUCAAUGUGAUGGAAAAAUCAAUCAGACAGAGAUACUUAAAUCGUUGGCACUUUAAUUGUGAUUGUUUGCCUUGUGCAAAUAAUUGGCCCACAAUGCACAGUCUACCCAGCUACAGGAAACAAAAAAUGUCUGAAGAUAGUAAGAAGCAAUUGGACCAGAUUAUAUAUAAAUACAAAGUAUGCAACUCGAUGUUCGAUGACAACAUACGAUACUUGCCAAAUAUAUUGAACGAAUUACUGAAAAUGAUUAAUCUACUGUUUGAAAAUGUACAGAAACCAUGUAUCGAAUUGAUGAUGGCAAUAUCGAUGUUGAAAGAAUACUACGAGUGGAGUGAUGUAAUAUUUCACUACGAACCAAUCGAUAAAUUUUAAACGGAAAAACAACGUUUGUCUUAUUAUCGAUCUCUAACUAUGUACACUGCACUUAUUUUUUCCAACUGAAUACUCAACUUGUCAGGGUAUCUAUAUAAGUAAAGUGUAUGAAAAGUGGCUUAGAAUUCACUUGUUUGAUUAUUUACUUUUAUGGGUAUAUUCUUUAAACAAAUAAGUAUGUUAAUAGCAGUAGUACGAAAAUGAAAUUUUUUCUUUUGUUUCAAUAAAUGAUGUUUGACACUAACAAUAAACUAAAUUUUACUAUUAAUCCCUGUUACAUUAGAUUUGAUUAUGGCUGCAUUGAACUAAUUACAUAGC